GAAAACGAAAUCGUUGAAAAGGAAUUCAAAUUAUUGAAUGAUGACUCAAAUAUUUAUAAAUUGAUUGGUCCUGUACUGGUCAAACAAGAAAAAUCAGAGGCUACCUUAAACGUGUCAAAACGACUGGAAUAUAUUAGAUCUGAAAUAAAACGCGUGGAAUCUCAAAUCAAAGAUUUAACUGAAAAAUUAGAGAAAAAGAAACUUGAAGUUGUUGAAAUUCAGGGACAAUAUUCAUUAAGCCUGCAAAAAUCCGAAGCAGCCACCCAGUAG